AUGUCGGACCGAUUGACCCAGCUCCAGGUUUGUUUGGACCAGCUCGUCGAGCAGUUUAACGCCACCGUCAACUAUGUGAACACAAACUGUGAAAAUGCCCUUUUAGACGACGAUCCAAUGUCCGUUUCCAACUUGGCAGCAGCUGCUCCUCUUCCUGGCCAACAGCAACAAGCCACUCCAGCCGGUAGUAAUCGCCAAACCAACGCUGCCAACUCAGUAUCGAACCAGCCGACUGCACACGCAGAAGCAGAGACCAAUUUUGAGAAUACAAUUAGUGAACUUUCCACGGAUCUCAUCUUAAAGUCUCGUCAGAUCACCAUGUUAAUAGAUUCACUUCCUGGUAUAGGUGUAGCACCUGAGACCCAAUUUGAGAUGCUCCAGAAGUUGUCCAAAGAGCUCCAGGACGUGGAAAAAGAGCGCAAGGAAAAAAUCAAAGAGAAGGACCAGUUGUUGAAAAAGUGUGAGCACUUGAUAGUGCAGUUGUCCAACGGGAUUCUGACCACAAGAAACUGA